UCAACAGAGAAUUUCCGCUGCCUCUGCACCCACGAGAAGGGCUUCGGCUUCAAAGGCAGCAGCUUCCACCGCAUCAUCCCCCAGUUCAUGUGUCAGGCCGGCGACUUCACCAACCACAACGGCACCGGAGGCAAAUCCAUCUACGGGAAGAAGUUUGAUGAUGAAAACUUCAUUCUCAAACACACGGGGCCAGGGCUGUUAUCCAUGGCAAACUCUGGCCCAAACACCAACGGCUCCCAGUUCUUCAUCACCUGUGAUAAAACUGACUGGCUGGAUGGGAAGCACGUGGUGUUCGGGGAGGUGACGGAGGGCAUGGACGUGGUGCGGCAGAUCGAGGCUCAAGGCACCAAAGACGGGAAACCGAAGCAGAAGGUGAUUAUCUCGGACUGCGGGGAGUGCCCGUGAGCUCGGCUCU